UCUGUAUGUACCCCGCUGUCUGAUUGGCUGGAUGUUCUAUUUUGACCAAUGAGGCAUCGCGUUAGUAAAACCUUAGGCCAAUAAAACACGGGGCCAGGCUGAUGCGCCAUUUUCAACUCGAAAACUGAACUUGAUGUUUCGUGUCGCCUCGUAAUACCAGUUAUUUCAGGCGAACAAGCAAGUUACAGGAAGAAGGUUUUGCUAAAUCGGAAAGAUGGCGGCCACGGGCGACUUGAAGAACAACAUCCACAAACUGCUGUCUGAACUGAAGCACAUAAAGUACCCCAUGGAACUGGACUACCAGGGCAUCACCACAGGUACGACCUCAGCCUUCCUGCCCGUCCUGCACCACGCCCUGCUGGAGUUCUCACGCCCAGUCUCCACGGAGAUUAACGACAUGGGCAUCGAGCUGUACGGGAAAACAGACCAGAGAUUCGUGGAGGGUGUCUACAAAGUGCUGAGAGAUGUCUUCCAGUACAAGUCGACCAUCACCAAGGAUAAGUUCCUGAAUGCAGGCUUUGCUGAACACAAGGUUAUCCUGGCGUAUGAUGUACUGAAGAUGGUUCAGGAGAAACACAGGCGUAUCACAGGGCCCAAGGCUAAACCUGCCCCCUCCCAAACUAACGCUGGGGCAGGCAUGUUCCAGAGAGGCACAGCCAUGCGGCGCUCCCUAAAACAGCAGAAGAAUCGAGAGAGAAACUUGUCCCCAGUGCAACGUUCCAGCGUUGACAGUUCCUCAAUGUCGGGAAGUCCCAAGGAAACCAGCAUGCUGUACAGUGCAGGAAGUGUUGAAGUUAUUGACCUUGACAACACAGGUCUGCCUGGUCCCCCCAAGGUCAUCUCAGCCCCCCCACUGAUGCUGGAUGAACUGCCAGCCAUGACAGAACCGAUGGACAUCUAUGCAGAGAACCCUAGGGGCGACCCUCCCCGCAAAAAGGGCGGGGCUGACACUGGUUACCAUAGCACCGAGACCUCUCCCAAAGAUCAGGUAUCCCUGAAACAUCGAGUGGAGAGCCUGGAAGGCCGGAUGAAAGUGAUGGAGGAGAAACUGGAAACCGUGGUUCAGACUUCGUACAAGAACAUCCAGGGAGAAAAUGCGCCCCCUACCGGCUUUACCCUAACACCAGAGCAGGUGGAGUCUAUCCUGGGACGACUGCUGCUGGUAGAGAACAGACUGCGUAUUGUCGAGGCUAAGAAUCAGGCGUCAUCGGCUGGGGAGAGUACCUCAAAGGUGGUGCUGCCACAGGGUUUACCAACUGAUGGUUGCUCCAUUCUGAACAACCUGAACUCACCCAGCUCUCAGCCAGCCAAGACCUUGACCUUUGACCCCUUGGACCUCAGCACAAAGAGCCCAGUGUCCUCCCCGCCCCGUAAGAUGACGAAUGAUGGCCAGCCUGGGUCCACACCAUCUGCACAUGUGGCCCCCUUCCAGUUUGAGAACAAGCAGACGGAGGAGAAGAUGGCAAAGCUGGAGAAGAUGUAGGUACUUUCUGUCAGGAAAAAUACUCAGGUCCAAAUGUUCCCUGUCCUAGGUUUGAGGAAACCAUGUCCUUGCUGAAGAAGAGUCAUGAUCCAUCCAACAAUUCCUGAGCAGAGGCAAAACUGGAGACCAUAGUACUGAAUAUGCUGCCCUAGGAAAUCAUCAGUCAUUGGAAUCUUCUACCAUGCCUUUCUCUGACUGUAUUUCAAGCUCUCAAAUGUGACAAUCUGUUCAUUUAUAUUCCAAGCUAGUUGUCUUUCUCACUUGGGUAAACACAAGUUGUGAAUUGAAACGAUGAUUCAUUAAGGGAUCAAUGCAAUUAGAAUGAAUUAAUAAAUUAAAUAGACAUGUGAUACGUGAUAAUGUCUUCAUUAUACUUGUAGACCUUAACUUUAUUCUACUCAGAGAAUGCUUAAAUUACAAACUUCUAACAUUACAGAUGAUGAAAACUUAAUCAAAUAAAUUGUUGCAAGUGAUGUAUGCUUCCCGAGAUUUUUUUAGGUACAUAAGCUUACCAUAGUUACAUAUUAGUAAUACAAUGACACAUGCAUGGACUGAAAAAUACAUUGUAAAAUUGGUUGUUCACAUUUACUUGAACGUGCUAUAUUUAUU